UUUUCAAAUGAACAACGAUUUAUGUGAAUCUAUUGUUAGUCAUGCAAAUUAGAUCUUUCAAUCAAUAGCAAAUCUAAAUGGAUAAUUAAAUGAAAAUGGCAACAUUAGUAAUUGAUUUUUUGAUUAUUCAAUUAGCAAAUAACAGUACCACAACAUCGAAUACGUCAUCAUCUAUGGGACUAGCAUUCAUUAUGUUCCUACUAUUUACUGCAUAUGCAUUGCUGUCUAUUUUUUCCCCUCAAAGAUAACCAGCUAUGCUAAAAGGCAAUAUUUAACACUAAUAGAUUCAUCAUCAUGAUGAUGAUUGACUAUUGAACUCUUUUUUAUAUGACU